UCCUCCUCGCUCGCUUCCCUUCUACCGGAAGCCAAAGGCAAACGUACUGAGGCGAGACGAAACCCCUCUUCCCCAAUCCGCCCCAAUCUCCAUGGCGCAAGACGAGGUCCCGGAGUCCUCCUCCUCCCCCUCCGCCUCCUCGUCGGGGCCGGCUGCCCGUCUCAACGCCGCCGCCCCGGAGUUUACCCCCCGAUCUGCCGCCCAGCAUCAAUCCCAUCCCCAUCGCCGCGGGCCCCACAAUCACCACCACCACCAGCCGCAUCACCAUCACCAGCACCGCCACCAGUAUCACCACGGCGACGAUGAGGGCGAUGCCGCAGGGGUGGUGGAGAGGGACGCUCAGCUCGUCCUGCCCGAGGAGCUCGCUCGCCGGGUCGUCAAGCAGGUGGAAUUUUACUUCAGUGAUGUCAAUUUGGCUACAACUGACCAUCUGAUGAGGUUUAUUACUAAAGAUCCAGAUGGAUUUGUGCCGAUGUCUGUAGUUGCAACAUUUAGGAAGAUUCGGGAAUUAAUUGAUAGAUCCUUGUUGCCUGUUGCGCUAAGGACAUCAACGGAGCUGGUAGUUUCAGACGAUGGGAAGAUGGUGAGGCGCCGAGUGCCCUUCUCUGACGUGGAUGCUGAAGAAGUUCAGGCUCGCAUUAUUGUUGCUGAAAAUUUACCUGAGGAUCAUCACUAUCAGAGUCUUAUGAGGAUUUUCUCAGCUGUUGGGAGCGUGAAGUCAAUACGUACCUGCUAUCCGCAACCGCAAGGGAUUGCCAACUCUGGACCUGCUGCUGGCAAAUCAUCAAGGAUUGAGAAGCUUUUUGCUAAUAAGCUGCAUGCUUUCGUCGAGUAUGGAACUGUUGAAGCUGCUGAAAAGGCGGUUGCUGAGUUCAGUGGUGGGAGAAACUGGAGAGAUGGGCCAAGAGCCCGCUCGCUGCUUGGUUGCCUGAAACAUGGGUUGGGUCAAGGAAGAAAAGGUGGAGAUGAGGAGGCUGCAGAUGAAUAUGAUCCUGACACACCACAUGAUUAUGAAGCAGAAGAUAUGGCCCAGGCCGAGGAUGGUUUCUAUGACAAAUCUGGAAUGGGACGUGGGAGAGGACGAGGACGCGGGGGAAGAGGCCGUGGCCGGGGCCAGUACCAUGGCCAGAGCCGGGAUGGUGGCCAUCCAAUCGGCACUCCUCCAUCGAAUCACAGUGCUGAGCAUCCGGUGGUGCCGAAGCCGCCUCCUGGUCCGCGUAUGCCAGAUGGCACAAAGGGAUUCGCCAUGGGGCGGGGGAAGCCACAGCUCAACGCUGCUUAAUGUCAGUUGAAGCCCGUUGCCCUGUUUUGAGGGGCUGGCAGAAACAGGGGAUGUUCUAGCUUAGAUGCUUCACGUUUUGCUGGUUCCAUUUUGGUGUGAGCCCCUGAAACGGCAAGGAUGUUAUGCCAGGUGCAUGCAUGUAUACUGCUGGACAUGUGAACCUGUCUUUUGGUCUGAAGGGCGGUAGUUGAAAGUACGAAAUCAUAUACCCGAGUACUUGACAAAUUAACAGAAAAGGAGGCUGCGAUUGAAGGAGCAAAUUUUACA